AUGACAUAUGCUAUCACCACCAUUUCAGGACUCCAAUGUACCAAGAUCGCUAGGACGCUUGUCGUCACCACAGAAGUUUGGGACUCUACUACCACUUCUAUCGAAAUUCAGUCUUGGUCGGAACUGCCUGUCACCACAAUCACAGCCCAGCCUGGAAGUAGUACGGCCGGAGGGGAUUCUGUUUCGGGGCCAAGCAAAACUUCAGAUCUGACCACAACCGCGACAUAUAUAAGUACAGCUUAUGAUCACUCCGCUACAACCACCUUUAUAACCGCGAGCAAGUCGAAUUGGGCCUCAUUCCCUACGCAAGAACCUGCCGAGACUGCAGUCAAUUCGGCGGGCGGAAAUUCACAUAAAAAUAUCAUUCCAGCUGCGGUUGGCGGCUCCCUCGGUGCUCUUGCAAUAAUCGCGUUGGUGUUUUUAUAUAUAUUCCUCCGUCGGCGCAAACGACGAAAGGCUCAAUGGGUACCCGAUAGCCAACCAGGAGAAAAGAGUGGAAGACAUGUCCAGGAUGAUCAACAAUCACUACCUGCUAGAGAGCUAGCUCAAGGUGUACAGAGAACGCCGGUCAACCCAUUCGCCGACCCUCCGACAAACUUGGAAGCCACACCACAAGGUACUUCACGAACCGAAGACUCACACUCAGAGUACUCCAACCCAUUUAACCUAGACCGCGACUUUGACGAUUCGCCCGCUCGAGCUGCACCCUGGGGGAAUACCUCCAAUAAUAGUCGAUAUAGUCGCGGCCUGGAUCUGAGAAGUACAAAUAGUAGCUUCUCCGGACGCAGAGAAUCACUGCGUCGAACCAAUAGUUCGCAGUGGCGAGUGGAUAGAGGAAUGAGCACAUAUAGUGACCCAUUCGACCUGGAAAGGCCUUCAACGAUCGACUCGGCCCCUACGCCGCAGAAGAUGGAUGGAGCAAGGUGA